AAGGAUUGAGAAUAAGCAAGCUGAAUAUUAAUACUUAUACAUCGGAUGAUACAGAAGAUUGGGUAGAGGUGAAGAUUAUUCAAGGUUCUAGUCAUGCAUUUUUACAGAUGCCAGCAUUAUUACCAGAGAACGCAGAACUUAUUCAUGAAGACGAAGGUUUAACAUUUACUCCACGUCGUUCAAAAACUAGUAGUAUUACCCAUUCACAGGAGAAUGAAAAUAAAAAUUUUAUUUUACAAGAUUCGGACUAUGUCCAAGAACCCAUCUCAAUAGAUCAUUUACACGUUUCACGUUCACUUCCGAAUAUAUCAAAUGAUAACAUACAAAAAUCAACAACUACCACUGUUAUAGCACCUGGGCACGAAAUUUGGGAACAAAAUAAUAUAUUGAAUGAAAAUGAAGUUUUAAAAAGACGACGAGAUACAUUGGUUAGAAAUUUAGCGGAAGGGUGUAAUGCAACUACCAUAAUUGAACAUUCUACAUUGGAAAAAGUGACGAAAUAA